AUGUCCUAGAUAGAUAUGGAUUACCAGAUUCCUGGGUUUGUUUAUAGAAAAACCAUGGCGAGGGGGAAGGAGUAAAUUUCAUCUGUUUAAAAUGGAUGUGGAAAAACAUCUCCUUGAUGUAGGUCUGCUCGCUAGAAUCUCGGAUCUCUUGCUGUGCAGAUGGACUUGUAGAAAUUGUUGUCAGAAGUGUUUCGACUGCAGCUGUUGUCAGUCGAGUGAGGAUGAAGUUGAAAUCCUGGGACCUUUUCCGGCUCAGACACCAGCCUGGCUGAUAAGCAAUCAGAAUGAGGAAAAAGAUGGAGACUCUGAUAACACCACCAGCGAGCCACCUCCAACUCCGCAGGAUACUUCCCCUGACAGGAGGCGGUCAUCAUCAGAUACUUCACGGUCCACUUAUAGCCUUACAAGGAGGAUUUCAAGUCUAGAAUCGAGAAGGCCAAGUUCUCCACUAAUUGACAUUAAACCUAUUGAGUUUGGAAUUAUAGGAGCUAAAAAAGAAAUAGUUCAGCCAACUAUCCUGAGAAAAACCUAUGCCCCAGAUGACUACUUUAGAAAAUUUGAACCAAGACUUUAUUCCCUCGAUUCUAACAGUGAUGAUGUGGACUCCUUGACAGACGAGGAAAUCUUAUCAAAGUAUCAACUGGGCAUGCUGCAUUUUAGCACACAGUAUGAUCUGUUGCAUAAUUAUCUAAUAGUGAGGGUAAUUGAGGCUAGAGAUCUGCCUCCUCCAAUUUCCUAUGAUGGCUCAAGACAAGAUAUGGCUCAUUCUAACCCUUAUGUCAAGAUAUGUCUCCUUCCUGAUCAGAAGAACUCCAAGCAGACAGGAGUAAAACGCAAAACACAGAACCCAGUGUUUGAGGAGAGAUACACAUUUGAAAUCCCAUUUUUAGAAGCCCAGAGAAGAACUCUGCUUUUAACCAUAGUGGAUUUUGACAAAUUCUCACGCCAUUGUGUCAUUGGCAAAGUGUCGAUGCCAUUAAGCGAAGUAGACCUUGUGAAGGGUGGACACUGGUGGAAGGCCCUUGUUCCCAGUUCUCAGAAUGAAGUUGAGUUGGGGGAGCUGCUGCUAUCAUUAAACUACCUACCCAGUGCAGGAAGACUGAACGUAGACAUUAUUAGAGCAAAACAGCUUCUUCAGACAGAUAUGAGCCAAGGUUCAGAUCCCUUUGUGAAGAUUCAGCUGGUCCAUGGAUUAAAGUUAGCAAAAACCAAGAAAACUUCUUGCAUGAAGGGUACAAUAGAUCCCUUCUACAAUGAAUCCUUCAGUUUCAAGGUGCCACAAGAAGAACUGGAAAGCGCCAGCCUAGUAUUCACAGUGUACGGCCACAACAUGAAGAGCAGCAAUGAUUUUAUUGGGAGGAUUGUGAUUGGUCAGUACUCAACAGGCUCCCCUGAAUCGAACCACUGGCGUCGCAUGCUCAAUUCCCAUCGGACAGCUGUGGAGCAAUGGCACAGCCUCCGGUCCAGGGCAGAGUGCGACCGAGUGUCUCCAGCAUCUCUUGAGGUGACGUGAGAGCAGUCAAUUAGCAACAACAAAGCCAAGCAAGAAAAUGAAAACACACAGAAACCCCCUCCAUGCUCAUUCACACACAUACUCGUCUGCAGUCAACCAUGGAAUUGAAAGUAACUGUUGCCGCUGCUGGUAACACAAUGGCUGCAUUAGCCUCUGUGCCUCAGUGAACCUUCCUAAACCACAUAUCACAUAUUCAUACGCUGACUGUUUUCUCAGGGUCACUACCUGUGUGGCCCAUUGGACCUGUUACUACUUGCAUCUGCUGCUGGACCCACACCUCUGUUUUUAAUCCCACGUUCAGUACAGUGGAGGACUAUUCAAAAGGUCAGUGUUAACACAGUAGAGUGCUUUACUUUCUCCUGUAGUGUGUAGUGUAGGUUGCACGUGGAUUCAACAUCUUCAUUCUGAGUUAACUGGAAACUUUUUGAGUUCCUUCCACUACCUUUCCAGUACAAACCCAUGACUCAUUUCAUUGGAGAUGUAAGUACCCAUGUACUCUCUUUGGUGAAUGUGGUAAAUAGGCUAGAAUCUUUUUUUUUUAAUUGAUAGAACGUGGUGAAAUCAGUUCUGAAAUCAAUCCAGUUUUGUCCUCGUACUAGUUUAAUAAAAUUAAAUUCCUGUUAGUAUGUAUGUGUGCCUUUGUGUGUUGGAGUAUGGGUGUGUUUGUGUGUUAUUACACACAUGGGACCAUAUACCAAAUGGAUCUAAUGUUAUGUCAGUAAUGAGACCUGCCACAUUAUAACAGUCUGUAUACAUAAAGUAGGUAGAGUAUGAUAUAGCAAAGUAAAUAUUUUCAAUAGAGUCCAUACUGGGAAAGCCAGAUGAGGCUUUUAAAAGCCUUUAUGUAGUGCAAAAGAACUUGCUUUGGGAGCUUUCACAGUAAACACCGGAGAUGAUACACAAUUUUAAUUCUCUUAACAGGCUGCGGUAGGUCUUUCUGUGUUCUGUGUCUUAAACAAGGUAGUUUUUCAAGUCAGUUGAGUGAACUUUGCUACAGUCAAACUGUUCGUUUAUUCUGUUGGAUGCUUCUGUACAUUUUUUUCACGGCAUAUUGUCUGGUAUGAUGGAGAUUGUAUAUUUAUUGAAAAUAAAGAUCUAUUUAUUUGUGCCAUGUAA